GUUUCAUUGGCCCGACUUGCCGCCAUGACGUGUUGCGCUCUGUUUAAACAGGCCGAACAUCCGUUUCAGAUAGCGCAGCAGCAAAGAAAGUGAGACCAUUGGGCAAGAAAGCUUUCCGGAGUACUCCGAAAGCUUCAUUUUGCUGGGUCAAUGAUUCCUGUGCAAAGAGCGCCGAAUUGAAUGAAGAGCCUACUGGAUUUUUUUGGGGGAAACAUUUUGUCAGCAUUGGGCAAUUGUGGCCAAUAAUAGACAACUAAUAGACAACUUGAACUUGGGCUCGUUCAUGUUCAUUUCCAUGAUACGCAGUCCAAGUUAUAAAAGCCACUCCGAUCCUCCGUCCGAACGAUCUCAGUAAUUCUUCAACAACUGAAUACCUUGACCCCUUUCCUAGGAGCUGCUCCAUCAGACGAUUAUUGCUCAAUUAUCAGCCGCCCGCCCAAAAAGAUAGUGAAUCCGGAACACAAAAUGGCUGCAAAUCCUACACCAUUUACUUAUGAAAAUGAAGUGUAUCAGGCCGGUUUGAGGGGCGAGACCCCACCGAUAACCUUCAACUGUCUUGAUUGGGAGAAGCUGGCAGAAGAUCGGCUACCGAAAAAUUCUUACGGAUAUGUCUGGGGUUCUGCUGGAGUACGAGAUACAGACACCAACAACAAGAAAGCCUUCAAAAAGUGGGGUAUCGUGCCAUCACGCCUGGUGGCAGGCGAUUUCCCCGACCUCAAAACGUCGCUUUUCGGGGAGACGUAUGAAUAUCCGAUCGCCAUUGCCCCAGUGGGUGUUCAACGUAUUUUUCAUCAAGAUGGGGAGAUUGCAACGGCGAAAGCUGCCCACAAAGAGCACGUGACCUACAUACUCAGCACAGCAUCUGCUACGAGCAUCGAGGAUGUAGCUAAGGCGAACGAAAAUGGUUCUCGUUGGUAUCAGCUGUAUUGGCCUCAGAAUGAAAACAACGAAAUCACGGCCAGCUUGUUGUCGAGGGCCAAGGCAGCAGGGUACAAGGUGCUGGUGGUCACUUUGGACACGCAUAUUGUUGGAUGGCGUCCCAGUGACCUAGACAAUGCAUACAAUCCCUUCAUUCGCCCGGAUAAUAUUGGCGUGGCACUUGGUCUCUCUGACCCAGUUUAUCGACGCAAGUUUCAUGAGAAGCAUGGCAAGACUGUUGAAGAAGAUGUUGAAACUGCGGCCACGGAAUGGACGCAGACUGUGUUUCCCGGUAAAAGUCACAGUUGGGAAGAUAUCAAGUUCCUCCAAGAGCAUUGGGAGGGUCCAAUAGUUCUGAAGGGAAUUCAGACGGUGGCAGAUGCAAAGAAGGCCGUCGAAUAUGGCGUUCAAGGAAUCGUCGUCUCCAACCACGGCGGUCGACAGCAUGAUGGAGGUAUUGGAUCUCUGGACGUUCUGCCUGAGAUUGCGGACGCUGUGGGACAUGAGCUUGAAAUCAUAUUCGAUUCUGGUGUACGUUGUGGAGCUGAUAUUGCAAAGGCCCUUGCGUUAGGCGCAAAGAUGAUUCUGAUCGGCCGUCCGUACGUUUAUGGACUAGCCCUCAAAGGAGAGCAAGGGGUUCAACAUGUCCUCAAGAGCCUUUUAGGAGACUUCACCUCGACCCUCCACUUGUCAGGUAUCAGCUCAGUAUCUCCCGCACAACUCAACAGGACCAUUUUGCGACGAACAGAUGCCUGAAUCUUUCUUUGUUUCAUUCUGUCGAGACAUGGAGCGGUAACUUACCGCUAAGACAGGGGUUAUACUCAGUGACCCACUUUCCCUUGUGUUUUGUACAGUAAUUUGGUAUAUUUGGCAUUACGGUUGUCGUAACACCGUGUACUCUAGCCAUACAUGGGGUAUUUCAACCUGCCCCAUGACAGUCGUUCUUUCUUCAAUCAAUCAACUUUUGCAUUCAAGAUUGGUUCCGCUUCCUCCAAUUCCUCGACCUCAUUCGCCUAUUAGGAUUACUAGCCAUGACUGUCGCAGCUUGCUCCGACACAUUCGUUUAGAAUUCACCUCGAAUCAUCA